AUGGUAUCCUCUUUUCUGCGCCCGCGUUCUGCCAGACCUCGCGUCGGGUCCCAGAGCCCUGGGAUCUCUCCCUCGUUCGAGCAACGAAAUCCUCGAGUGCCUGUCGCAGACUUUACGGAAGCCGAAGAAGACGAUGACGAGGAGGAGGAGGGGGAGGAAGAGGACGAGCGAGGCCAGGGACAUCGCGCUUUUGGCCGGCCCAGCCGCUUCCCAGAUGAAGAUCCCCACGAGGACCUGGACGACGAAGGGGACGAAGAUGGUCAAAGGGACGCGCUGCCUGUCUUGCCCUUAUUCUCUGCGUCCCAUUUAGACUCUCUGCCCGUGUACAGCAUCACCCACGCUAUUCGAAUCAUCGUGAUCGCUCGAACCGAAACCUCGUUGACUUGGGACCAGCUGAGGUCCCCGCAAGUAUCUCAGUUCCUCGUCAAGCCGAUGCAGCGUCAAAUACGCACUCAACAUUUCACGCGUGCUACGAUAUAUGCUCUCAUGGCCAACUGCCUGCAGUUCACCAAGGAGGCUCAGCGAUACGCCGCCAAUGCUGGCACGAGCCACACGAGAGCCAAAGUCUGCGAGCUCUUGGCUCUGAAAAUACUCAAGGAGUACUCGACGAGGGAACUCAUCGACGCACUGGCGUAUGAUUUCCAUCCUCUACAAGGCUUACCGGGUCUCUCGUCAAGCGACCUCGCGAUUGGAGCAAGCUCGAAGAAAGGAGGACUGAACCCAUCUCGGACCUCCACGCUGGAAGUUGCUAUCAGGGCGUCGGCAAAGCAUUUCCUGGCUCAUCCCGUGGUCGUGCAGCAGCUUGAGGCUAUCUGGAGUGGUGCUGUCACGUUUUACUCGGCUGCGGACAGCCUGCAUCGAGCACCGCCCAACAGCCCUUCCCGGACCCUGAACGGCAGGGUGGGCAAGCCCAGUGCUACGACUCCCUUGAUCGGCAGAGCAUCUUCCAAAGACACACACCCACAUGUGCCACCGGGCAGGCGGACAGUGAUGCUCUACGACCCGCGGCAAGCCUCAAUGCUGAAGCUUUCUCGCCUGCGCGUGCCCCGUUACAGAUCGUUCCUGUCUACCCUGUCACUGGCCAUCCUUAUCGGGCUCUUCCUCGCCGUCCUCAUCGAGCGAUCCACCAAGAUCACAGGACUGGAGCUCGUGUUCUGGUUCUGGAGCGCCGGCUUCAUGCUGGAUGAGCUUGUCGGAUUCAACGAGCAAGGCUUUGCGCUCUUCGUCAUGAGUGUAUGGAACUUGGUCGACUUGGGCAUCCUCGUGCUGCUCAUUGUGUAUUACUGCAUGCGCGCCUACGGCGUCUUCAUGGCUGACCCGCAUCACUGGAACGACAUGGCGUACGAUGUGCUAGCCGCCAAUGCCAUUCUACUCCUGCCACGCAUCUUCAGUGCGCUAGAUCACUACCAGUACUUCUCGCAGCUCCUGAUCGCGUUCCGACUCAUGGCUGUCGAUCUGGUGGCCGUACUUGUCCUGGUCCUGAUCAUGUGCAGUGGCUUCUACGUCUUCUUCGUCCUUUCAGACAACAAGAACGAUGGGGGAGAAGUGGCAUUCAAGAUCUUCCAGCUGCUCAUGGGCUUCACGCCUGCUGCAUGGGAUGUGUGGCCUACAUACAACUGGCUCGGACGGGGGCUGCUCGUGCUUUUCCUGUUCAUCUGCCAUUUCCUGGUCGUCACCAUCUUAAUUACGGUACUCACCAACUCCUUCAUGGCCAUUGCUUCCAACGCGACCGAGGAGCAUCAAUUUCUGUUUGCUAUCAACACAAUUUCUAUGGUCAAGAACGAUGCUUUGUUCUCUUACAUCGCACCAAGCAACAUCUUUGCCUGGCUGCUCAUGCCCCUGAGGUACUGUAUGCCCCUCAAAGAGUUUGUGUGGCUCAACCGCACCAUUAUCAAAAUCACGCACUUUCCAGUGCUCUUCUGCAUCUACCUGUAUGAGAGGCUCUGGCUUGCGACGAGUGUGUUUGAGCCCACAGAUCUCAUUGACAACAGCUCUGGUGGACGCGACAGGACCCUUGCGUUCAUCGAUGCUGCUAGCAGAAGCGCCAUGUUCAGUCCUAACGUCAGAGUGAGGGAAGAGUCGGUGGCGGGAUUCCAGAAGGAUCGCGCAUUGGAGGAAGUUUUCAGACGCAUGCCUGAACCUGCUACGCUGAGAACGCAGCGCAGGAACGAGAGGCAGAAGGCGCAGACUGCCAUUCGAAACUGGAUGGAUCAGCACGAUGAGGAUGGCGCCGUGCAAACGAACUGGCCCACAAUGGACAGCAGGGCCGUGCCAGACUGGCAUCGCAGGUUGAGUGCUGGUCGUGAUCGCCCUUCGCAACUGCGGCACAUGUCCGACGUUCGUUCCACAGCAAGCGACCCUGCUGAUCUGAUGUCGAACGUCGGAGGGUUGCCGACAUUCCCCCGGAGACCACUGAGGAAGGAUGUCGUGCUCAUGGCCCCCGACUACAAGGAGAAUACGGACGCCGAUGGGGACGACGAGCUCGUCACGAACGACGAGGACGAGGAAGACAACGUUACGCAUGAGGUUAGCAGUCGAAAGGGCGCGAUGGUAUCGCAGGCCGAUCCAGAGGGGGACUACUUUACGGCACCUGUGACAUCCCGAUUCGCGAAGCUGGCAUCUUCUGCUGGCUCUUCUGAACGCGGCGUGCCGGCGACCCCUCGACAGGCCGCUCCACGCCGCGCGGGCAUGCACAGCCGGACAAUGUCCACAAACACGAUACUCUACAACCCUGGCGAGGUGAAACAAGCCCAGAGGGCUGACCACAGCUCGUCUUCGGCGGCCUCAAACGGAAGGGCGGACCAGACAGGUAGCGGUCGUCAGAGUGGGCGCAGUGGAGGCGAUAAGACGCCAGGGAAACGCGCAUCGCCUCGGCGACGAUCGCCCCAGAGACAGACCGCGGCAGCGGCCACCCAGCCACGACCAGUCACCGCACCGCGCGGGUUGACUGACAAUGGCGGCAUCACUCGGACGGCUUUGAUGAGCAUCGAUCCCCGCAACCGGCCGCGCGACGCACGGAGAUUGCCGUCCGUCGACAUGAGCAUACUGUCUGGCGACACCAGCCUGCGGUAUGCCAACGACGAUGUCCACGGUGGUAUGGCCGGCAGCUUCCAGACGCAAAUGGCCAUGGCCAUGAUGAAGGACAACCAGAGGCGCGUUGCCGGCAACAUUGACGCCGCGGACCGUGACAGAAUGGGGCGCCUGGUGCUGGCGAGGAUGAAGACGCUGGAGGAGGGUUUUGCGGACAUCAUCAAGGAGGUGCGCGCAAUGAAAGAAUCGGGCCCGCCUACCAGGGGUUAUUCCGACACGGAAUCCAAGGCUCAGCCAGCGAAAAGGGCCAAGGGCGACACGACACCGAACAAGGCGGGCGGAAAGAGGCCCGUCAGCCGGCGAAGCUGGAAAGAGCCCAAGGACAUCAAAGGGAAAGGCAAGCGACUGGUGUACUCGUCUGACGAUGAGGCCGGUGGCGAUGAGGGCUUCGGCAGACGAGGGAGCUCCAUAUUGGUUGCUCUUUCCCUCAUCGGGGUGGACGGGACGGGCCAGUUCCCCAAGUCCAACAUCCCCGAUGGCCAUGCUAGCAAGCCUGGCAGCGGUAUCAGCACGGCUCAGCAUCAGCAUGUACAGUUAGACCCCGGUCUUACGUACAACGGCUGGAAGUCGCCUGAGCGCCCAGCAUGGUCAACCGACGCUUCCAUGGCAACGGCUGAAGAGCUGCAAGAACCUGGUGGCAGUACCGCCGCAACGAAACCCAUACCCAAGGCUAGCACGAGUGUGCAGGAUGCGCGACCUGGACAAUGUUCGAACGAAGCGUACGAAGACGCGCCAUCAAUCUAUGAGUUGACCGAGUCCCAGACUCGAGAGUUCAUCCGCACAGGGCAGCUGCCACUCAACACGGCUGCCGUGGACGACGGCUUGAGGGCAUCUCUGGAAGACGAUGUUCAACUGUCUCUCUGGGAGCGAAAGUACAAUGCAUCUGAUUUUAGCGGGGGGAACGAUGGCUUCAAUCAAGUCCAGUCUCACAAUAGCCGCACCACUACGAUUCCCAAGCUACGCGAGCAGAGUGCCCGCCCAGCAGCCGAUGACACGAUCCAGUUUCCUCACAUCAUUUUGGACGAGGGCGAUGUACUCGUUUUCGUUGACGUCCCGAAGACGAAAGUCGACAGUCGACCAGCGACAACUUGCAUCGGUGUUGCCCCAUGCAAUCAAAGCUUCAGGGUACAUUCGGAGAAGCUCCUGGCACUGAGGGAUAGCAAGUUCCCAGAAAUGCUUCACAACCAAAUCUAUCAAGCCAGAGUUCGACGACGGCGCAAGCUCGAUCCCGAUCAAUAUCCGGGUAUACGCUACUUCCUGGACAUGACGCCACCCGUCGAAGGUGACGACCUCGUCUUCCAGAUGAUGAGCCUGUCCCUCCCCCAGGGCAUAAUGGACUGGUGGUCCGCAGAUUCAUUUCAUGGUGUUAAUCCUCAACUAGUCCGUGGGCACGACGAUCUUUGCUCUUGCUUCAGAGACCGCCAUCUGGCCGACCAGAAACGAGCACAAAGGAGGCUUGUCAGCACCACAAUCUUCGACAUGAGCCGAAAAGAGAGUGCUUUAUACUUGGAAUCUGUUGGCAUGACAGAGGCUGAUCUACUUCCUGAGGAAUCACCGCCGACCUUACCGCCAUCUGUCUCAGAUCUCGAAAGACUCCGCGAGCGUGGUGCCACAGAAGUGAUCAGUACGCCCUCGUGGUUCCAGAUCCCAGACUACUGCCCUUUCCGCCACUGCAACAGCAUCAUUCGCCUGUUUAUGAUGAUUGAGGACAAGCCAGCAGAUUUGAACUCGGCAGCCCGCGUCUGGACCAUGUUUGGCAUCAGCAAGAUCUUGGAUUGCCCCUCGGUGGUGAACACCCAAGUUGCAGGCUGGGUCUUAUCCAACCCUAAGUUCAUUGAGGUUCUCCCCGAGGAAGCUUUCGAAAUUGGGUUCGCUCUCCAGCUGCCUCAGAUCACCUUGGCCGCCUAUCGGAUAUUAGUCAACGAGUUGGCCCUAGAAGAAGCUGCGGAUGACAGUCGCCUGACGACCCGGUCCCGGUUGACGAUCUUUGGCCGCCGGAAGCGCGAGAUCGGCGACGACGAGCAGAGCAACCUCAUUGAACAUGCCGCCAGAGCCUUCAUUGAACGUGUCAAAAGCAACUUUGCCUGGCUAAAGAGCUCCUCUCUCUUUGAUCAUCUCGACAUACCUCAGUGGGCCAAACUCCACAAAAUUAAAAGGCUUCUUGAGCUCGAGGAUGACGGCACUUUCGACGCAGCAAAGAAGGCGCUUUGUGGGCUGAUGGACGCCCUUGUACACAAGGCAAACAUUGCGGUCCAGACACUUGCCAGAAGUGGUACCUAUGGUAGCGAAGCGCAUGCUCAGUGGGACAAAGACCGUGCUUCCGUUUUGACGCCCCAGGCCUUCAGACCAAUACAGGAAAUUAUGCCGACCCUGAACUCAACACAGAGGCUCCUGCUGCCUUCCUUUUACAACGAAUUGGAACGGCGGCUGAAAAUAACGUACCCCAGGCUGGCGUCCCUGUACCCAGACUCUCGCCGCCAAUACUUCAGCACCUUGCUCGCUGAUGUCGUGCAGGAGCUAGAUAAGCUCAUUCAGGCGCAGCCAGGUAGACGGCACCGAGAAGGGUGGCAAAAUCUCUUUAGGUAUGACGAGCCGGUGUCCGACUCCCACAAUAUACGCCUGGUCGCCCCUUUGCUCGACAUGGAGCGUUUCGCAGACGAGGUCGUGGAUGCCUUGAAACCAACCGUGAAGUCAUGGAAGUGCGGAGAUUUAGGGUAUGAGGAUGCCAUGCCCCAGCUCAGCAUUACGAGACAUCUCCUUCUAGGACUCACUCAUAAUGAGUUGAAGUUUCUGCCGCUGUGGGCUGGCGGGAACAACGAUGGUACGGGAGGCGUAUUUGAAUCAUACGUACCGCCGACGGAUAUGGGCCCCAAUGGUCCAGGCCCGGCCUACCAUACUGGGUGCACCAUCCCUUCCGGACCACCUAGCCUGUCCGGCUCACUCCUAGACGAGAUCACUGCCUUCAAUAUCGAGGGCAGCACAACAGCUGGGUCUGUGGACGUUCACGACAGUAUCUCGACAGUCUACCGCCCGGAAAAGGUCAUUGUAGCGGACUCGUCCAUCGCAUCGGAGAGCACCUCGGGCAUGGAACCCGAGUACAGUCGUGCGCGGUUUGAGAUCCCUGCUGAACACCAGAAAAUGGGGCAGGCUGUCGAACUCAUGGUGGGCUCGGUGGAUGACUCCGACGAUACCACAGCUCUCGGCGCGAAUUCGGACUCGGACGACAGCUUGGAGGAAUUUGAGGAGGCCAGGAUGCAGAAGUGA